AGCCGAGCCGAGCCGAACCGUUUUCUCAGGUUCUGGAUGCAGUAGGACACUUAAUUGCUAACUGACCUGGAACUCGUGUUCAGCCUUAGAAAGAUCUUCAGUGGGAGACUUUCACCUUCACAUAUCUGACAGUUUUCCAUCCCAGACAAAAGGAACUUCAUGUAUGAGAGCUGCCUGAGAUGAUGAUGUAACUCAGAUAACACUCAAGAUCUUUGGAGAAUAACUAACUUAAGAGGCUUUUCCUGUUUUUUUUUUUUUUUGUUUGUUUGUUUGUUUGAUAAAUCACCCUCAGAUUCUACAAACAAGAUGCCAGCCAAGACACCCAUCUACUUGAAAGCUGCCAACAAUAAAAAAGGGAAGAAAUUCAAACUAAGGGAUAUCCUGUCUCCUGAUAUGAUCAGCCCACCUCUCGGAGAUUUCCGGCACACCAUACACAUUGGAAAAGAAGGGCAGCAUGAUGUUUUUGGGGACAUCUCCUUUCUGCAGGGAAACUACGAGCUCUUGCCUGGAAAUGAAGGAGAAACCAGAAUAAGCCAAUCUGAUGGCCACAGCGAAUUCCUAAGGGCAAACAGCACUUCUGAAUCCAUGUUUACAGAAACUCCAUCACCAGUGCUCAAAAAUGCCAUUUCCCUUCCGGCCAUUGGGGGUUCUCAAGCCCUUAUGUUGCCCUUAUUGUCACCAGUGACAUUCAAUUCAAAGCAAGAAUCCAUCAGGCCAUGUAGAAAUCCUAGGCUUAGCUGUGAGCCAGUAAUGGAAGAAAAAUUGCCRGAGAAAAGUAAACAGUUGGAGGAUGGAGAAAUAUACAGAGCUGACAUAUGGGAGCAAAAUGGUUCUUCAUCACACUUAACCAAUGGUAGAGACAGUCACUCCUCCAGCCUUUCYGAACGCUGCACUGAUUGGCAAACAGUUGAUUUAUUUGAUGACAGUCGACUUUCAUGUGAACUAACCAAGACAGAGACUAAGUCGGAAGAAUCCCUUUCAGAUCUUACGGGCUCUCUUCUCUCCUUACAGCUUGACUUGGGACCUUCACUUUUGGAUGAGGUCCUUAAUGUAAUGGACAAAAAUAAAUCUUAGAACUGGUACCUCUUGCUUCUUUAUAAGUCAUUCAUUAAAACAAACACAAAAACACAACUCACAAGUAAAGACACUUAAAAAUCAGCUGUAUUUGCAGUUGUUCAACGGGUUUUCUAAAAAUGUUCCUAAAAAUAUUUUUUUAUCUAUUGUUUUUUCAUGAUUUUUAUUACAGUAAAUUCUCAUAGUAGGAAGGUAAAUUUUAAUAACAGUUUUCAGCAAAUACAAAAUGUUUUAAGUACCAGUAUUAACAAUCAGAAACAUGAGAAAUACAGUUUGAAGAUGAUACUGAUAAUGUCUUUUGGUUAAUUCACCUGUACGGGCUUCUGAAUAUUUGAGAAUCUGUGUCAGUAAGGAGACUGGUGUUAAUUCUUCACCUUUAUAAAUUAUUGCAACAUCACUUUACAUGUAGGCUUCUUUCUAGAACCUUACGUGUGGGAGUUUGAUUGUGGUUUUCCUCAUUUUUCAUAGUACAGCCUCUGUUACAACUUCUCUGUAACUAUUUCCCCUGUUUUCUACUGCUCUGUGUUCAGAUGUGAACAAUUUGAAGACUCUUUCAGCUUGAACAUGUGGUCCAGGGUCUCAGCUGCUUUAAACGAGCAUGCACAAAUUUAAACAAACUGAGGCUUUGGGCUUGAUAUUGUAUAUGAAAUCAUAUGUUGUAAACAGCUAACACAUGCAAGAUAUUAUGGUUAAAUUAUUUUAAAAGUUGAAAUAUAUAUUUUUCUGUGUGCAUCUUGGCUUUUUACUGCAGAGCCUACACGUACAAUAUCUCAUCAAAAUAGUUGCUUGACUAUAUUGGUGCUCUUCUGAAAGUUGUAUAAUUGUGUGUUUGAAAAGAAAUAUGUAUUGAUACUCCUAGCUUUGUUCUUCAUUUAUUGCCACACAUGCUUAAACUUGCAACUGAUUAUUUCAAUUUUUGAAGAAGGCACUGGUUAUUCACAAUGCUUGAUGCGUGCUGCAACAGCCAAUGUUUUGGGAAACGUGGAUCAUUUAAUACAGUACCUACAUGGAUUGCA